GUCUACAAUAAAUACGCCAUGAAUACGUAUAAUCUUCUAUUUAUUGCAGUUCUAUUGGUCCAAUUCGGCACAUAUAAAGCACUAGAAAAUGCUGCGAAUGCUGAAGAGAUAAAUGGGAAAGAAUCUGGCUCGAGCCCUGCCAUCUAUUUUCAUAAUCAUCCUUGCGUCACGUCCAGUUUCAAGAAAAAUAGAGAGUAUAUUUCCCUAGAUAACUCCAACUACAUGGUUUUGAGCUACGAAUCUAUAGGCAAUGCAACGUUCUCCAUUGAAGAUGACUGGCACAUAUCCGAAUACGAUAUGCCGAGCAUUAAUGCUAUCCAAAUCUACUUGGGCAACAGAGAACAUCGAGACACCCAUUUCCUGAUGAAGAAUCAAAGCAAUCAAUACUUUUGGUAUAAUCAAAAAAAUUUUUUUUUUAGCAAACUGAGUGAGGCAGAUACAGAUACUAUCCACGAUGCUCAGUGUCUUCGACUCGCGCCCAAUAGCGCGUUGUUGCUUAGACAUUCAAGUCCAAUCGCUCUGAACGUGAGAAAUUGCGAUGCUAAUAUUAUCAGAAGUUUCCGUAUAUAUCCAAAUACUUUUCCUUUAAACCCCAUCCGUGUACAUCCACAGGGAUACAGAGUGUUCUUGGAAAGAAUCCCCCCCUCCUUGACAAAAGACAACAAUUUCCUUGUAUCUCCACCAGGUGGACUGAAUUCAAAUAUACGUCUUCACGGUGAGACGCCCAUUUCAGCAGAUAUUCUUGUCUGUGUCAAUCUCGAGCAAUUGUCAGUGGGCUUGGACACCAUCAAAAAUUCCUUUUCCGGACUUUUCGAGCAGCUCAAAAACCUGGGGUUCGAAACUUCAAGCUCUUCUCCCAAGGAUGAAACAAGGGUUUACCUGACUAUGAGCUGGCCCUAUAAAGACCUCUCGAUGUAUCACCAGAUGCCUAUCGCGUAUGCCACCGAACAGAAAAGCAUAAACCAAAUCUUCGAAGAUAGCUCAGAAAGCAAAACCAUCCCUGUGUCGAUACCUCGGGCGAAUACAACUGCAGACCACCUAUUGAAACUUCUCAAGCUCAAGUCCAUAUUCUCUAGAUCUGACUCGCUUCAAUUGCUUGUAUAUGUCUCAACUGUCUGUCCUACCUAUACCGAGGAGUCCAUCAAAGACAUUCUCAGAUACGAUACGCUCGUCCUGUUCGCCUAUCCGAAAUAUCCCGUUCCACCGCACAUUUUGUCUUGCGUCGAGAAUAUGCAACGCAAGUUCCCAAUCCAACUCAUGCACCCUAACCAUUCUACUGACGAUUGGCUCUUCAACCCAUUUGAAUUCAUGACACCACAAAACAUCAAAGAUUUCUGUAUCAAUUUUCCGAUUUUCUUAUCAGAUGAUUGCAGUCUGAUUUUCAAAUACAGGAAAAAAAUUAGUGAAAACGUCCUAACGAUUAACUAUGAUAUCAUCAUGAAAAGAAACAGAUUAUCUGACAUCUGCAAGGUGCAUUUCCUCGGAUACGGAAACACAGUCCUGCAAGCUUUCUUAAGACCUUUUUCACAAUUCUACAACUCGAGCUAUGAGAUAUACGUAAAUAAUUCCCUAACGUUCUCUAUGCCUUUGAGUUGUCCCUCCGACUGCUCUAUGGCCAUUACCCCUAUCAAUAGAUCCGACAAACUGGGCACUUUUUACGAUGAAAACAACCUUAACAUUCCUUUUGAAUCACCCUUCUUAGUAUCGACCUUAUCCUUCGUUUCAUCCAGAGACAGCAUUGGGUCCGCUAAAUUUAAAGUCUCUGUCAUCGACAAAUGCUCAGACGAAAGCAACGGAAUUCUGACCAUCAACCUACUUCCAAUUAGCCAAUCCCUCCAAAAUGUUGAAAUCCCUCUCAAUGCGCUGGCCGAUCGAGUCGCCCUCAUAGAACUCUACGAUCCUGAAACCUUCCCCCUCAUCGAGACCAUGUGUAAGGGCGGCAAAGACUCCUGCUUCAAGAUAGAGGUGAGACAAAUUUUCUUUACAGACAAAAUAGGAACGCUCACAACCGAAAGAGUUCCACAACAAAAUAUCAGCGACCACACCGUAGUAUCAGGAAGCAAGAUACUGUUCCACCUCAAUAAAAAAGUUACCCAAGCACGUGCGACCUUCUCUUACUCUAUCAUACUUGGAAAAAACUAUGUAUAUAAUGGAAACGUAACCGUCAUGGCUUUUCCCGGUGACGUUGCUCCCGAAAUCCGUCACUAUGCCAAUAAUCUUUACAGCUCCACGCAAAGAAACAGGACAAUCACUCUGAACCUAUGCGACAGAAAUGCGCUUUAUAGAGACGAAUCACUCAAUUUGUUAAUCGACGGUAAGCACCUUGGUACCCAAGUUCUUGCCCACUAUGACCCGCUCACGAAAAAACAAAAAAUAAUUAGUCAUAAAAAUAUUACAGAAAUCGGUGUCAUUAUCAAAAACAGGAAUGAAUGUACCCCUCUAUUUCUGGAAUGGAACAGCAGCAAUGAAGAGACUUCGAACUUCACUAUUAAACUUGUCGAUCAGUCAGGUAGAGAAUCCGAACCAACCACGAUAAACCUAGUCAAAGACGGAAAUUACACCAUAAAAUUGGAGCCGCGUCAAGAUGACGAAAUAUACAUAGAGGACGCGAACCCUGUUGAAUUGAAAUAUCACUUGGCGGCAAAUACCGUUGAUAUUGUCAAUUAUAGAUUGCGAUUCUUCGAAAUACCUGAAGAGAGCAAAUUGACGUUUAUAAACCACCCCUCCCUUUCACUGGAUACAGCAAAAAAUAAUACGGUUAACUAUUUAGCUUUCGGCUAUCCAGAAAAUAGCUUCAAUAUGCUAAUGAUUAACAUCAAAUAUUCACCACCAGCCGAGGUACCAGCUGAUUUGGGUAAUCUUACCUUGAAAUUCGCUGUUGAAUUUAUUAAUAAUUCGACAGAAGUAUUAUUAUACUCAGCAAAUGCUUCUGUCACCUUUUACUAUAAAAAACCAGAACCUCCUAUCUCGAACAACUACACAAUCUCCGCGGUCUGCAAUGUGCCCACCGAGUUUGAAAUACACGCAGUCGACCCAUAUCUGGGAGCUGCACCGUCUCUCAAAUUUUUAGACGACAAGGAAAUAACAGGAUUGCUAGAGGAACAAAUUCGCGAUAAUUUAGAUUUUGAAGAUCCAGAAAGUUUUGCAUCUUGGGACAAUGAAACCAAAGCCUUUUAUUUGGUCUACACCCCUCGCUGUUCCAGAGAAGGGCCUUUGAAUGAAACCGUACAUUUUAUGGUUUGUACCAAAAAUUCCUUGAGGGCCAACUACUGUUCAGAGACGUAUUAUUUGUCCUUCGACUGUUCCUACCCGCAAUUAGACCUAGUGUCGAGUGACAAGAUAUUCUCCUCCGCCUUCAAGGAAGUAACCGAGAUAACUUUUGAUCUUAUAGAUCAUGAAUGGCCAAUAGAUAUAAGUCAAUUGAACGUAAGGCUGAUCAACUUGGACAUGUUGAGAUUUGGUGCCUUGUACUAUGAUAAACAACUUAAAUACAAAAUCAAGGAAGGAGAAUUAUUGCUCGACAUAACUCAGCCUAUUUAUUACUAUUCGAACAUGAGCGUUUUGGAUUCCUUAUAUCAUUUUGAUCCAAGACAAACUACUGAAAUGUUCAAUUACGUCCUUGAAUCGAAUUAUAAAAGGUCUAAGUUGUACUUUUGCUUUGUGAAGCUUGAACAAGAACAUAUCACUCCAGUCUAUAUUGGUGAUCUGAAUCUGACAUGUAGCUCGGAUUUAUAUUCCCAGCACAUGUUGAGCCAGCAUAUGGCAGGACAUAUAUUGAGAACGUACAACUUUUCAAUCAAGAAUUUUUCAAAUGUGGAAAUUGUCGGCUGCGAUGAUCUGUAUUCGUGUAACGAUGCCUUGAACCAGAGUCAGCUGCCUUACUUUUUUAAAGGUGUAUCUGGACGAUUUUUGUUCAAAAUCAAUUCGUCUGACUCUAAAUUUGGAAACAUCCACAUCUCCAUUUCUAGCCAACAAACAACGAGUGAUUACGUCUUCACUGUCUCCGCGGUAGAACCAGACUUUUUCACCCCAACUAUUUAUUCUGACCAAGUGCAAAUAUCCAGAGCUACCAACAUCGUGAUUGAUUACGGCAAGGAUGAAUUCUUGAUGGAAUGGAUAGUUAGUGACAACAUUUUUCAUCCUGCCUUCAUAAUGUCAAGGUUGCAUGUAUAUCCUUACGUAAGUCGAUCUUGGGAGCUAAGAGAACAGAAAUUGUCCGAAGAUGAUCAACAGGGCAUGACUAUUGUCAAGAUGAAUCCAGAUUCCUAUUUGGACAAACGAGUAAUAGACACACACAGUCAUCACUCGAGUUAUAACUGUAUCAAACGAGACUCAGGAAAUCUGAAAGACGGCACACAAGAAAAUUGUGUCUUUGUUUUUCGACUCAUCUUUAUGCUACCAAAUUUGGAUUCAUAUGGUGUCCCUUAUCUUAGUAUUUCUGUGCGCUCAUACAAUGGCUUGUAUUAUUCCACUAGAAAUUUGAGAUAUGUGUUCUCAGUGCCACCUCCUACUUAUUUAUUUGAUCUGUAUAUCCCUCCCACAAUUGAGGUCAACCAAGGACUGGAAGGAACGUAUAUCUUCAAUUCCGAUCAAAAUUACCUUCCAGAUACCACCGAUAAUGUAUUGAUCGGUGGCGUUCGAACCUUUGACACCACCCUGUUCACAUAUCUAGACAGUCAGCAAGGAGUACUCAUUUUCCCCGAGGAUGCCGAAUGCAAUCAAAUUUCCAAUACGUAUUCUGGUAGCGUUCAUAUCUGGAAAUGCACCGGAAGCCUAAGUAACAUCAACAAAUGGAUUCUGAACACCAAAUACAAAUCAAAUCAAUCCUCUUCGCACGGAGUAGUCACUUUCAAGGCCUGCCAACAAAGCUUCGAUAUUCAAAUUUAUUCUGGACACUGUCAAGUCUCUACUACCCGAAUCGUCAUCAAACUCAAAAACGAUCUAACGCUGAUCUACAUAGCCGCUGGUAUCUCUGUUCUUGUAUUCCUCCUUGUCAUCAUAUUAUUGAUACAGAGAGGUGUCUUCAAGGGAAAACCUAAAUCUAAUGAAGUAUUUACUGAAUCUGUCAAGCCAAAUCCAUUGUACAAGUCACCAAAUCAAGUCUACACUUCUAGUUUGUAUAUUCCACCACGUCUCUCAUCCAACAUCUCAAUUUAGAGUUCAAUAUAUUUCUGUAAAGAUGUUCCACUUCUUUACUGUCUUCGUCCUCGCGCAAAAAUAAGCAGGCUUUCAAAUCUGUACUCAUGUACCUGAAGAAUUGACUGGCAUGUUCUCUUGAAUACCAUCCUACUUCAUCUAAAUAUAAUCCUUUCAUAAUAUCGCUACUAUCCACGUCAUAAAUGCAAAAAUCGAGAAGAGAUCAGCUGUUUCAAAGGCUCUGACCUAACAAUAAAAAGUUGGCUCCAUUUAACCAACUUUCUCAAUGCUAAGCACAAAAAUCAGUCUCUUGUGUAUGCAAUUCUUCUUACUGAAAAAAGUCCACUAACCCUCUCUUCUCCCGUUCUUGAAUUUUUUACAGGCUCACGCC